AGCUUCAGGAUGGGGUCGAGCUGUGAAGGUUUGGCGCGUCCCAUGUGCCAUCUGUGCCUUCGAUAUCCCCGAUCCAAAGCUUUGGAUAGGACUGGGCGAAUUACAUUGCGGCUGCAGUGUCCGAGAAGGGUUUAGGAAGCGACACCAAGCCGGCUAGGCAACCGAGUUUCUACUUCUUCAUUCUACAACUUGCCCGCUCCGGUCCAAGUCCUCUCUCAACAGUCCGAACUGUUCGAUCGGAACCUCUCAAGUACUCUUUCAUUAAUCUCAAUUCAAGCAUCAUGCUGUCCUGCACGAAGAUGUUCGCGGUGUGCGCAACGGCUGCCCUGAUCAUGUCCAGCAUUACCGAAGCAACUACCGGCAACCAGGUUCCAGACUACAAGCACGGUGUGCAGCUAGGCGUUGGUGCUGGAGUAGGCCUCGGCGUCGGCGGUGGCGAGCAGAACCAGAACGUGGAGACGCCGUGCCCCCAGUCCGGGAACUCUCAGUCGGGUGACCAGAACGGCCUUGGUGUUGGCGUUGGUGCCGGGCUCGGCCUUGGACUAGGCGUUGGCGGUGACCACCACAGCCAGAACGGUGGCGUUGGCGUUGCUGGUGUCGGACUUGGCGGUGACCACCCGAGCCAGAGCUCGCAGUCAGGUGAGCAGAACGGCGGCGUUGGUGUCGGCGUGGGUGUCGGUAUCACCACCCCUGGCACGGACGUAUCUCAGAACAUCCCAACUCCUUGUCCGGGCAGCAACAAUGGCUCGCAGAACCAGGGUGACGAGACCCCUGCUCCAGGUGACAACGGCUCGCAGACUCACAACGAUGGCUCGCAGAACCAGGGCGGUGACGAGACCCCAGCUCCCGUUGGCAACAAUGGCUCGCAAAACCAGGAUGCCCCGACUCCUUGCCCCGGCAGCAACAGCGGUUCGCAGAACCAAGGUGGCGACGAAACUCCGGCCCCUGUUGGCAACAAUGGCUCGCAGAACCAGGGUGGCGACGAAACCCCUGCCCCUGUUGGAAACAAUGGCUCGCAGAACCAGGGCGGCGAUGAGCAACAGCAGCAGCACGAGCAGCAGGAGCAACAGCAGCAGCACGAGCAGCAGGAGCAACAGCAGCAGCAGGAGCAGACCACUCAGCAGACCACGAAUGAAGCGGUUCAGCAGAGCGGUCGUCGUCUCCGUUCGCUGAACUAA